UUUUAUGUUAGUUAUGAUCCAAGUUGAUGUAAUUGAUUGUCUAAACAACUAAACAGUGAUACAAUCUCUCAAGCAAAUUAUAUGAUCAACGGGUUUCGUGAUGGGUCGCAAAAAUCUCAACGACUUGCCGGAUUAUUUGCUGACUUAUAUACUCUCUUACCUUCCGACCAAAGAUUCAGUUAGGACAAGUGUUUUGUCCAAGAGAUGGGAACGUCUCUGGCUUAUGGUUCAAGGACUUGACUUAAAUGUUAAGGACUUCCCUCUUAAUGGACAAGCCUUUGCUAGCUUGGUGGAUAAGUAUAUGGAGUUCAAUGCUUCAGAGAACCUAUCGAUGAACCACAGAUCAACAAUGAGAAAGUUCAAGAUCAAGUACAACGAAUUCGUUAACUAUGGAGGUAGGUUGAGGGAGUUGGUCAGUACUGUGGUUGAUCGCAAAGUUGAACAUUUAGAUGUUGAGGCUAAGAUGUUACCAAGCAUCAGAGAUUUCAUGCCUGACAACAUUUUUAAAAGCAAGACAUUGGUGUUUCUAAAGCUUGUAAGUGUAGGGCUUGCGAAUCCAGGUUUUGUUGUUUCUCUACCUUGUCUCAAGACCAUGCAUUUGGAAAACAAUUUUUAUACUGAGGAUGGUCCUUUGGUUAUAAAGAGCCUCAUCUCAGACUGUCCUGUUCUUGAGGAUCUUACAUUGGUUAGACUGCCUAUUGAUCGUAACCAUAUAGAGUUUCUGUUGUUCCUUCGUGUGAAGUCUCAGAGCCUGAAAAGGUUUCGUUACGCGUUCGCCAACAAUAGGGGUGGCACGGACUUUCUUGUUGAGAUUGAUGCUCCACUGCUCGAGUAUCUGACUUUCAAAGAUAAUCAAUCUGAUAUAAUUACGGUCAAGAAUCUGAGUUCUUUGUACGGGAUCAACAUUGAUACUAAAUUUAAUGUAGAGAUUGGUGGCAGUCCUUUGAAACCAGGGAACGACAUCAAGAGAAAUACUAUUCGUGCUUUUCUCCUUGGUAUUUCUAAUGUAAGGCGUAUGAUCAUCUCUAAGCGUACUAUAGAGGUCCUUGAACGUUACUUGCAACUUACACCGCUUCCCAAGUUCCCUAAAUUGUAUCAUUUGCAGGCUGCGUUCCCCAACUCGUUGUUACAUAUAUUGCCUGUCUUUCUUGAGAGUUUCCAAAAUCUCAAGAACCUCAUCUUGGAGUUUUCAGUUUCGAGGCAUCCAGUUCCAAUUCGACUAAGCUAUGUGCCUCGUUGUUUCUUGUUGACUCUUGAACGUGUUGAGCUUAAAGGACUGAUUGUAGAGGAAGAGAGUGGGAGGAACCUAGCGAGGUACUUUCUUGAGAAUUCAGCAGUUCUAAAGAAACUUAAUCUGCGUUUUAGAGAUUCUCUUACAACCAAGCAGGCUAGAAAGAUCUCUAACGAUCUUCUUACAUGUGCAAAGUGUUCCAGCAAAUGUAAGAUUAUUAUUCAUUGAUUCAUGUCAUUGAAGAUCAGUGUUUUUGUUGUUUUGAACUUAAGCCUAGAAUUGAUUGACAUUAAACUUGAUUACUCUAUUGAUUAAACCUGAGUGGAUUUGUAUAUUGAUUGAUUCUUGUGACUAUAUGGUGAUUUAUAUCAGACUUCUGGA